AUGGAGUCAGUCCAGCCUCUACCGGACGAUCAAGAAAGAGCUUACAAGCUCUACAGCAUGUACAAGAGACCAGAAAACCUCGAGUCUCCGCUGUCAGUUCCUCGCGACGCAAAGAACAGCAUUUACAUUAUGAAUGAUCAGACAUUUCACACACCAUCCUUUGGCGACGAAGAGUUUGACAUUCCACUGAUACAUGGACAGCAUGCACCUAACACUGGCGUUCAAAACUCUCACAUACAGUACACGCAGUUACACCAUUCGGCUCCACAGGUUGGUAUGAUGAACCCGGCACAAGAUGGCCUAGCACCACCUGGCGGUGCUCCUUCUUAUCAGCAGCCGCUGUACCUACAAGAACCACACACUCCGGUAACAUCACACAGAUCUGCAUGGAAACACACAGACAAUGUCAUGAUUAAAAUUGGAGCUGGUGCGCCUGCUGGAAACUACAUGAUCCAGCAACAGCCUGGAGGUCAACAGAGGUUAUUGAUGCUACAGCCAACCCAAGUCAUGAGUGGACCACCAACUCCUAGUACUCCCACACAACCAUCAGCUCCAGUAUACGGAUCCCCGCAGCGAGCCUCUCCCCCUGGCACCACCAGUGAUGACUCUGAUGACAGUGUGCCUUCACACCAUUCACAGUUGCCUGGUGAUGCGGAAAGCCUUCUGCCUAUCCAUUAUUGCUCAGCGAGCCGGCAGCAACAAACUACGCUUCAUCAGAUGGGUGUUGGGAACAUGGCAGUAAAACGAUCAUCACCUGAACCUAUGGAUAAUGGAAUGAAUCGUGGACAGAUGCAGAAAAAACCUAAAGUUCAGAAAAAGAAGAAAAAACGAGACCCCAAUGAACCUCAAAAGCCUGUAUCUGCAUACGCUUUAUUCUUUCGAGAUACUCAAGCCGCAAUCAAAGGUCAAAAUCCAAAUGCAAGUUUCGGUGAAGUGUCUAAAAUCGUAGCGUCCAUGUGGGAUGGAUUAGACUCUGAACACAAAAGUGUCUAUAAACAAAAAACAGAAGUCGCCAAGAAGGAAUAUCUGAAAGCACUUGCUGCGUACAGAGCUAGCCUGGUAUCAAAGGGAGGAGAGCAGGAGAGUCAGCCGAUGUAUAAUCACACCAAUAGUGCCAAUCCAACAUAUGGUAACUAUUAUCAAGGGCAAACAUAUGGUAAUGGUCAUUCGCCUCAGGCCUAUGCUCCAAACCCCGCUCCACAAGGAUAUUCUCCACAAAAUUACUCUGGUAACCAGAAUCAGUCAUCCUACCCUGCUCAGACACCUCAGGGCUACCCACCAAACCCUCAGCAGUCUCCUCAAAACUAUCAAGGCAAUAUGAGUCUCACACCUCAAACAUACCAGCAGGGUGUGCCCAAUCAAUCUCCUCAGAGUUAUCAAGUGAACCCUUCCACUUCACCACAAGGUUGCCAGCCUAAUCUUGCCCAAUCGCCAAGGAACUACCAGCCUGCACAGUCCCCUACUAACUACCCUAACAAUUCAGCCUUAUCACCUCCUGGAUACAGACAAGUGCAGUCACAGUCGCCUCCCAUGGGCUCCGUGCAUGCUGCCAUGCAGUAUCAUCACUCUCAGCAACAGCAUAUGCAGCAGACCCACCAACAGAUGCAGCAAGCUCAUCAAGUACAGCAGUACCAACAACAACAACAGCAACUUCAUCAGCAACAGCAGCAGCAACAACAACAACAGCAGCAACAACAGCAGCAACAGCAACAACAGCAGUCUCAGCAACCAUCUCAACAACAAAAUCAAAUUCAAAAAUCUGAACAACAAUCUAAUAGCAAUGGAAAUUCUGGUGUCCCACAACAAUCAGCUGAUCAAAAUGAAAAUCGAAGUACGCCAUCAUGUAUCCGGCAGGGGUGUACUAACCCAGCUAUUGCUAACAGUGAAUGGGAAGAUGAAUACUGCUCUAAUGAAUGUGUUGUUAGCCAUUGCAGAGAUGUCUUCAGUUCCUGGGUGGCAUCCAAUAACAGUAACCAAAUUCAAAACUUUUCUGCAGUCAAAUAA